AUGACCAAGUUUCUUGCAGGCUACUUAGGACUACGCAACCUCCACAUCAAAGUACCAAAAAUCGCGGCAAGUGGCAAAGACCUAAAACUUCAGUGCACGUUUGAUCUGGAGGGGGAGAGGCUAUACCAACUGAAAUGGUAUAGCAAAAGCAAGGAGUUCUAUCGUUACACUCCUUCCGAUCCGAAGCCGAUAAAGCAGUACGGCCUCGAAGAAGGCAUCCGCGUUAAAGAAAGCGAAUCCAACGAUACCGUGGUGGUUCUCGAAGACAUUACCAGGAAAAUGAGUGGACCGUUUAGUUGCGAAGUUACCGAGGAAGUGUCAUUUUUCACGGCUAUGAAAACCGCAUACCUUGAGGUUGUAGAUCUUCCUCUAGGAGAUUUUUACAUCUCCGGUGUGCAAAAGUACUACCAUUUGAAUGACAUUCUCUCGGCGAACUGUACUGUCGAAAAGUCAUGUUCCGGGGCGAACAUAACUUGGUAUAUCAACGGUAUGCCGAUUCGCCACGGCACUUCUAAGCAUACCACAAGAUCUGAACUUUGUCCAACAGUAUAUUCGCAUUUGCGUAUUCGAGUAGAUAGAAAAUAUUUCGCGAAUCCGUAUUUGAGAGUUCGAUGCGCUGCCAGCAUAUACAAUCUCUAUCACAACAGCAGAGAAGAGACGGCUUUCUUGUGGGAACGCAGAAAAGUCCUCACGACCACCGAGUCGCCUUUCAAACUCACAGAAAACGACGAAUACACUAAACUGUUGUUUUCGUUUCCGCCUCAAAGUGACAAGGCCGGAUCGCGAUUCUGCAGGACUGUUUUGACAGCCACGUCGCUGAUUAGUUUAUAUUUUUUUAGUUGAUACUCAAAUAUUAAAAAUAACCUUUAAAAAUUAAAAAUAUAUGUGAUACGAAACGUUGUUCGGUAUGAUACGCGAUCAGUUACUAACAUGCAAUGGCACAAAAAAACUACCUACUUAUUUUUACUGCAAAGUUGAAAAUAUGUAAAUAUGCAUAUAUCUACUAUCAAUUUAGAUAACAUAUAUGCGUUUUUCAUUAUAUCUAUUUUUUUUAUUUACAAACCCAAAGGCGAUCGGGCACGCAAGCGACAUUGUCCAAUGACGGGUAUUAAGCAUUACAGGAGGUUCGAAAAUUGAGUUCAGGAACUUCUAUGAAAGAUUCGUCGGGCCCCAAAAAAAAGAAGCCAUCCGAUUAGGGUCUGGUGAGCGAGGAGGCUAAGCUGGAGGUCCGCCUCGACCUAUCCAUCGAUGUUCAAAUGCCUAUUUUAAUACCUUCGUACAGUCAAUGUAAAAUGUUUUAUCCCCACUGCAAGGGUACUUCUUCAAGCAAAGAGCGUGGAUCCUCUUGGAGAAAUUGCAAAUACAUUUGCCCAUUAAGCGAUCCGUUAGAGAAAGGAGGUCCUAUAAGUUUAUCUCCUAUA